AUGGAGCCAUUGUCAAUCGACUCGGUCGUGGUGAACACUCCCGGCGACCUGACCCCGAGCCGUCCGCCUACCCCGAGCGAAGCUAUCCACAUCGACAAACCGAAGCUGAAGGGCCGCCAGCGCCUCCUACAUGGCUUACAACGGAUGGGCUCGUCACCCAGCCUAGCUAGUCUGAGCAGGUCUCGCUCGCACAGCAUGAGAGGCACAGGAAAAGCUUCCAUGUCGUGCGUGUCGCUGGCAUCGGGUGCAUCGCCCUACGCUCAGUCGUACGGCAGCUCCUACUCCUCGGAGCUUUCGGCUGGCUUCUCCACAGCUCCCACUUCGGUCGCCAAUAGCCCGCCGGGAAGCCCUCUGUACGAUGAGAGGGCGCGCUUUCGAAUGUUCAGCCCCGAUGGCCCAUCUUCUGUGCCUCUUCCUUCUGAGUUUCGCCCGUUGACCAAGGAUGGCAUCCAAGGCGAGGGCGACUACUUCUCGCAGCCCAUCCGGAAGCGGGUGCAACCAAGACCAAACUUCAACUUUUGGUCCGACAUGCCCGCCGAGAUUCGCAUGCAGAUCUUGCGAUACCUCGAGCCGAAAGAGAUAGUACGAUGUUCCGCUGUCUCCAAGACAUGGCACUCAAUGUGCUUCGAUGGCCAACUGUGGAGCGAUUUGGAUACCUCUGGAUUCUAUCGCGAUAUUACUGCCAAUGCUUUGGUCAACAUCAUUACCGCAGCUGGUCCGUUCGUGCGCGACCUCAACCUUCGCGGAUGCGUGCAAUUGAGAGAGCAAUGGAGCAAUAAGGGCCUCAUCGAUGCGUGUCGAAACUUGGAGAACUUUUCCUUGGAAGGAUGCCGAAUUGACAGGACAUCGAUUCACUGCUUCUUACUGCAGAACAAAUCUCUAGUGCACGUCAACCUGUCAGGUCUGGCCGGCGCAACGAAUGCGGCCAUGAAGAUAUUGGCCAACCACUGCCCGCGCGUGGAGCACCUCAACGUGUCGUGGUGCAACAACAUCGACACCAGGGGUCUCCGCAAAGUCGUCGAAAACUGUCCGAAGCUGAAAGAUUUGCGUGCCGGAGAGGUACGCGGCUGGGAUGACGUUGACUUCAUGGCUGAGCUGUUCAAGCGCAACACCCUGGAAAGGCUUGUUCUGAUGAACUGCGACAGCCUCAAUGAUGACUCGCUCACUGCACUUUUUGAAGGCGUCGAUAGCGAGAUUGACGUUCUUACUGACCGACCUAUUGUUUCGCCGCGACGACUGAAGCACCUGGACCUUACACGAUGUCGCGGCAUUACGGAUGCGGGAGUCAAGAAGUUGGCAGGGAAUGUGCCUUUCUUGGAAGGCCUUCAACUGUCCAAGUGCCAUGGCUUGACCGAUGACGCUUUCACUACAGUACUACCUACGCUCCCCGUGCUUACUCACUUGGACAUCGAAGAGCUGGAUGGAUUGACGAACGAGGUGCUGAAGACACUUGCUUCCGCAAUGUGCGCACCUCACCUCCGACACCUCUGUAUCUCGUACUGCGAGUCACUGGGUGACGCCGGGAUGCUACCGGUUCUCAAAGCAUGUUCAAGUCUCUGCUCGUUGGAGAUGGACAACACUCGAAUUUCAGACCUUGUUCUUGCGGAAGCCGCAUCGUGCAUACGUGCCCGCAAUCGCCAUGCGCGAGCACUGACUAGCUCCGAGCGCCCUAGUGUCGGUAUUCGCAUCGUGGCCUACGACUGUGCAAACGUGACGUGGACCGGUGUUCGUGAAGUGUUGUCCCGUAACGCAGAGAUCUCGCGACCGUCGCCUGGUUCGCAGUCAAACAUGCCAUCUUACCCGCGAGAAAUAAUCGGCCUCAAAUGCUUCUACAACUGGCAACCCACAGUCGAAGAGCACACCAAGCGCGUCUUGAGAGGCGACUUUGCCGCUGCCGCACGUCUGGAGCGCAAGUGGGCUGACUGGAUGAUGCUGAACGAGGAGGCUGGUGUAGGCGGAGCUGGCGCUCGACGCCGACGAAGACGCGCACGCGAAGCACAGAUGAUGCAUGCUGAUGAAGAAGAAGGUGGUAUCGGGUUGGGCACCGGCGGUAUCCCAUCCAACCGCUGGAUAACCCUUUCCCACCGACGCCUCCAAGCGCACCCCUCCACCCUCACGAAGAACAACACACUGCUCGGUGCACCAUUGCCGCCUUAUCUUCUCGACCCCGUCGUGGAGCGCUUCAAGCAGCUAGGCAUUUUCGAAGCCACCCCGCACAAGCAGCCUAAUCACGUGCUCAUCAAUGAGUAUAGGAAAGGAGAGGGCAUUAUGCCGCACGAGGACGGCGAUGCGUAUGCGCCUGUCGUCGCGACUGUGAGUCUGGGUGCAAGUAUCUGUUUGGAGAUUACGGGAAAAGGUUCCUCCGAUCCCCAAGAAUCUACGACUGAAGAAGAGCACUCUGUGUACGCCAUCCCGACCCGUGUUCUGCAGGAACGGAGAAGUCUGCUUGUCACGACGGAGGCGGCGUAUAGUGACUUGAUGCACGGAAUUGCGGCUGUCGAAACUGAUGAGGGACUGAGCGAGGAGACGGUGGCGAAUUGGGGACUCUUGGGAGACAGGACCGUUUUCGAAGACGGGAGAAAUGAGAGGGGGACGAGAGUGAGCUUAACGUAUAGGGAUGUGUUGAAGGUCAGUAGUGCGGCUUCGAAGAUUCUGGGAAUGGGUAGGCGAGCUCAAUCCAUUGCAGUUCUUAAUCCCAUCACCCACUUCAGCACCCCUGACCUCAACCUUUGGCAGCCUGCCAUAGACCACCGACUGGCUGCACAGGGCCUCUGUCAUACUCUCACACCUCUUCUUUGUACAAUGCCCGACAACAUCCAAUUGACCCGCUAUCUGGGCCCUGGACUCAUCGUGUGCGCCGCAAGCAUCAGCUUGUACAUCGUUAUCCACCACAAGGAUCUCAUCAAGGCGCACGCCGCGCUAGAGACGUUUUGGACUGAGGAGCCGCGCCACGAUCAGGGCGACAACGUCGACAUGGAAUCCACUACAUCGAAGCAGGUCGAAGUGAUGACCUUCAUUAGAAGGAAGCCAGCCGUCACAGAGGCCACCCCGACCCCGACAAAAGCAUCAAGUGACGACUCAUUCGCCGACGAUGAGGCUUCAAGCAUCAAUGAGUCAUCCAACCUCGAAAAUGACUCCACCAUCGCAAAUCACCCACUCAUCGUCAAGCGCCUAAAGCGCACAAAGCCACGCACAAGCCCAGGAGACAUCUCCACCUGGCUAUCUGGCAUCCAGCACGGCAACGAGUUCGGCGAGAAGAAUCUUUCGCCCACGAAGCCAGAACAACAUUCCCCAACCAAGAUCGCUCUAGGCCGUAGAGUAUCGCAGGCUGAUCGAGAGAGCACACCGGUGUUCGUGGAAGACGAGAUUAGGCGUGAGCGGCACCGGGAGUUAUUCGAGGAUGUCAAGAACGUUCUCGUGCUGGAGGAGGAGAGUGAGAUUCAGGGGGCGUUGCUGGGGAAGUAUGAGAGUGAGGGGGAUGAUGAGGAGACGGUCGGGCCGGACGAUGUGGCGGGGUCUAGGGCGCCGGGUGCGUUGGAAGAGGAGCCUGUUGUUGUCAGCAAAGCUGAGGCCGGCGUGGAAGUAGGGGAGGGUGAAAGCAAAAAGACAGUUCAGGACGACGGCAAGACGGUUGGGAAGGAGAAGGAGGAGGAGUACGUGUUUGUCGGUCGUCCGUAG